GCAAGAUUCCCCCGUCUCGCCUCGCUCGCUGCUGCCAGAUCAACACAACACCACUGAUACACAUCACCACGCCUUUUCAUGUUCCAUUCUAUCUCACUACAGAAACGGAAAACCGUUUCCGUAGGCAGCCACCAGCCGGCACGACGAAAACCGGAUGCCGUAAAAAUAGCGAGCUUUAAAUGUGGAAAUACCAGACGGCAAGUUGGCUGAAGUGAAAAGUUUUGUUGUUGACUUUUUCGUGUGGAGAUCGGGAUAAGUUUCUACUAGCUAUGGGCACGGCGCGCGACAGACAGGCUACCUUCUCAUCAUUGCAAUGUAGAAGACGCAACCUGUUGUUCAUACUCAUUGUUAUCAGCCAGGCGGUUAGACAUGGAUUCUGUGCUGCAUCGACGUACUCAUCUUCCAAAACAAGUGAGCAAGUGCCAACAGAACGAGAAAGUCACUCAGCGGUUGACGUAAGGCCCCUGAACAUGGACAGUGUACCCCUGAACCAGGACAAUGGACUUCUCAAUGAAGAAGACAUUACAUCUUCAAAUCAGGACAAUGCACCUGGAAGACCAAAGCAAGAGGAAACGGCUUUUGAUUGGCUAGGCGGGAAAAAUCCAGAGGAAUUGUCCAGUACGGCCGAAAACGAAGAUCGCCAUGGCAACGUGGAGGAGCAAACUAACUCCAAAUGCUGCUACAGACAGAGGAAGUUUAGUACAAUCGGAUUCGAUACAGCGGCUAGACGGCCAAUAAGGAAAGACGUCGGUCGAUGUAGAAGGACGUACUUGACUGAACCUUCUGCCAAGAAUCCAACUUCAAGUGUCCGGGAUGAAUUCAAGAGGACUCGGCGACAAGAACCUCUGACUCAGUGUGAUCAACCGUGUAAUGAUGGCAACUCAUGUUUACCGACGAGAAUACUGCUUGAGCAGAGUCUAUACGCAAACACAUGGACCUCAACCGAUUAUGAGGUUGUGGAGGAUUGCCAGUGCGUACCCAGGGUGCACCCAUGUGACAGGAUGCCACUAUUUAAAGUUUUCCAUCACAACACGCCGUACGAGACCACAAUCGAUGUUGGAGAAUGCAGGGGUAGAUGCUUCGCAGGGUCGGAUUCUGAUUUGGAGUGUCGGGCAAUCCAGAACAAAACGGAAACGGUGCUUGGUCCGAAUGGUCACGAAUGUGUAGAAGUGGUCACCAGUUGCGCAUGUGCCGAAAGCUGCUACCGUGCGAGUCACGUGGUGUCUUUCUAUAUCAUCAAACACAACGAAACGACAGGCGAACCCUACGAGACAGUUCAAGAAAUGGAUGUUGGAAAAUGCGUUGGAGGUUGUGUCGAUAGAAAGGGCGUCUGUAUUCGAAACACAAACUGCGCUGCCAUUCUGCUUCCAAACACCCACUGUUCACCCAAGGAGUAUGUCCCGCACACCUUCCUGACGAGAGAUCGCGAGAACUUGACUGUGCACGUGGUAAACGAAUGCAGGUGCUUCUGAGUGCAACGAGGUUGAACGGGAUUUACAAUUUCCAACUAUGUGUCUAGGACAAUGAUGUCAUUUUGCUCAUGAGAUUUUUUCCCGCCAAACUUUAUAUGGUGCUUUGCUGGAAUUGUCUGACUAAUGUUGAUGAGUUUGAUUAUGUAAUAUUUCACUCCAUGCAGUGGUGACUCUUGUAUAUAAUUAUGUUAAUAUAAUGAUUAACCACACCAAUAAGAAGAGCUUAUAGCUGUCCUUUAUGAAGGAACUGUUAUCCAUCCACGUAAUGGAACAAUGGUGCCAAGACUUCAAGCCCCUUAAGAUGCUAUUAAGAUGCCUGAUACUUCACGCGGGAGGCAACGAAUGCAGUUGCCUCCAGCCCCACUGGUCAUUGCCUUCCUUGAAAUGCUCCGGUAGAAGAUUACAAUUUCCUCAUAGGGUGCCCUUUACCCAUGCGAACAUGCCCUGAUGCCCUUUGCCCUUUGAAGCAUAUGCUUUGGAAGGUGACUGAAAAGAAGAACUUUAAAACUGGGUCCUAAACCCAACGAGAUCAGUCCUAACCAAGAGCAGUGUGUCAAGACCAGAGGAGAGUCCCAGACCACGGCCGAUUCCGGAUGUCUGAGGGGAAGAUAUACAACACUGACCGUGAGAGACUUUUAAAAGAUUUUAACCUGUACCCACUGGAGGUUACACGAAUGAGCAGAGAUUUGAUGGAGAUCUUCAGGAUAUACUAAAGACACUUGACACUAUUGGUAGUUGUCAAAGACCAGUCUUCUCACCUGGUGUAUCUCAACAUAUGCACAAAA